AUGUCGGGAGCAUGGCAUAUCAAUGGAUGGGACGCGCCUAAGAUCAUGAAGGGCCGCAGGAUGCUUGUCGAUGGUAGAACUCUGCAGGAAGAGGGGAUCUGUGACCGAUGCAUCCUCUCCCCUGUGUAUGAUUCGCACAUGUACAGCGUGCCAGUGCUUGACCCUGACUUCUAUGGUGACAUGUUCAUGAUGCAAGACGAAAGUUGCAAGCCGCCAUGUGAAACUAUUGAUUCCGGCCUGCAGCACCUGCAGCAGGGGCUGAGCAGCUUCUGGACGGCCGCGUGCGACCUGGCGCAGCAAGCUCGUGUUGGCAUCUCAGUGAGACAGGAGGAGGACUUGAGCUUCGUGGUCGAUGGGAUCGCUCCGGGAAGCAACGCAGACACGUCCAGCCUGCUUCAGCUGGGCGAUCGCAUCGAGCAAGUCGAAGACACCCCGUGUAUCCAGACAGAUGGGCUGACGGAGGACGAUCUGAAGAGGUUGAGGGAGCAUGUGAAGAAUGCCAAUGAAGCGAAUCUAGACGACCAUGAUGAAGAAUGCAUCAGAACUGCAGGCGGUGCUGCUUCUCUGUGUCCUGCAACUUUUGUCGUCCUCACCUGUGACCCUCAGAUCUGA